UCCUGGAGCCGCCAUCUUGAUUUCGGCUUAUUUUUAUUUCGUGAAAUUUUUGUUUACAUUAAUUAUUUUUUAAUUGUUUCUAAUUUAAUUUGGUUGAUUCGUUUUCUUUUUCAAUUAUGGCUCAACAGCAGUUUAUGCUUAAAUGGAAUAACCAUUUAUCCAAUUUAAGUGAAGUUUUCAAUAAUAUGCUUGUCUCUGAAAAUCUUGUCGAUGUUACUAUUGCUUGUGAAGGAGCUUCACUUAAAGCUCAUAAGAUGAUCUUAUCCGCUUGCAGUCCAUUUUUCCAGAGUCUUUUCAUGACUAAUCCAUGUAAACAUCCAAUUGUUAUAUUGAAAGAUGUUCGUUUUAUUGAUCUUAAAGCCAUCAUUGACUUUAUGUAUAGUGGUGAGGUUAACGUUUCACAGGAUCAAUUGACAUCCCUUCUUAAAGCUGCGGAAACUUUGAAAGUUAAAGGCUUAGCUGAAGUAACCGAGAAACAAGCUCGAAAUCAACAACCAAUAACUAACUCAUCAAUCUAUCAUCAGAAUAGACCGAAACGCCGUCAUCGCCAUGGAAAUAUUUGUAAAACGAAAGAUUCUUCCUGCCAAACAAGUGAAUCGGAAGAAGAAGGUGGUACUGUUAAAAGGUUUCACGCUUCUCGUCUUGGAACUCAACGGGAAAAAGAGCGUCAAUUACUUCAACAACAGCGAAAUAAUCAGCAACUUGAGAUACAAGUGAAUUCACAAUCUCAACAACAACAACAGUCUCAACAGCGGGAACAUGAGAUUACUACUGAAAAUCAAGCACCACCGACAGAAGCACAAGAAUUGGAGGGAGAAGCAAAAAUUAUAGGAGUUGAAGUGGAUGCAGCUACUCAAGAGCAACUUGCCGCUGCCGAGUCGAUACAGCAAAUGGAUCCCUCCAGAAUUUUGGAACAAUCAAUUGCUACAGCAUCGGUUGUUUUAAGUGAAGAUGCAGCUAAUUUAAUUGUAGCCUCUGAUGUUCACGAUGUUGCAGAAACAGCAAUCAAACAGGUUUCCCUUUAUGAAGAGGGAAUUCAAAUUACACCAGAAGAUUCUGGACAAUUUAGCUUAUCAACGACCCAAACAAUAACGACAACUUCAACAUCAUCUACUGUUUCUCAUCAAGGUCGACGAUUAAUGAUGAGUGAUACACAUAAAACUUGUCUCAAGGAUUUUCUAGACAAACCGAUAUCCCAAUUUGACGUAAUUAUUGACGAUUGGAAGAAAAGUAUUGUAUGGCAGUAUUUCGGUGGUCUUGUCUAUAAAAAUCCCGAAAAUGGUACAGUCUCCGUGGUUGAUAAUGAGAGGCAUUAUUGUUUAAAAUGUAUCAUCGAUUGUCAAGAAAGGAAUCCUGAUGAAAUCUUUGAAAGAUGUAGCAUUUGUUUCUUAUCAACUGGAACCGCUACUGGUAAUCAUAAGAAUCAUCUUCGUCAUCGCCAUGCAGUUCUCGAUGAAUCUGUAACCACAUCAUCAACACCCACUGGUUCAUCGUCCAAAUCAUCGGGAAUACGACAAAGUUCAUCAAAAGCUGCACGAAAACGAUCAACCAAAGUUAUCUCAAUAUCACUAGACAAUUAUACUUGAGAAUUGAUUGUCCAUAACGAAAAGGACAACCAGCAAGAACCAACCACAAAACAGCUAAAUCAACUGCGACAAUUAAUUAUAUACUUCAAGAUCUCUAUCUCUCUUUGCUUUACUCAUUUUCACACACAAACACAAUUCACUUACAGGGUAAAGUACAUUAGGACAAACAAACAAAAUCGACGCUUUUUUCAUAAUUA